UGCAGAGUUUAGUGUCAUCGCGAGCGUGCGUAGCUUGGGUCGUGCGUGUUUUUAUCAGCAGUAUAUUGUUUGCAUCCAUUGUAUAAAGAAAUAUGACACGAAAAAUUGCUCGGUGUAGUCAUAAUUCAUACUUAUCUUUGGUGUUGUAACGGAAAAAGUUUAUUUAUAAUAAAUCGUGUGUUGCCGUAUUUUAUUGGGCCGCUACAUAGUAAAAUAAUGAAUUUAACACGCCGCCGCAGUCUUCUAUUUGAAUUGUCGUGAGCCUUGUUGUGGGAUCGAUUUUUAGGUGUUAUUAAUGAAAUUACGGAGGUGCUCGCGAGUGAUAUUGUUACAUAAAGAACCCGUUUUGAAACACUCCCGUUACACUGGUGUUCCGUCUUGUUGGAGCUGUGGAGCGCUUAUAAUCGAUAUAAGUUAAUAAAAAAUGCAUAUUUUCCCCAUGGUUUCAUAAAGGAUCGGGUCAAUACAGUGCCGGCUCGAACGGCGUUACGAAUGUUUUUGAUUCGCGUACAAAAUGUGCUAUUGUUGUUAACUGCAGUGCAACCGAUUUAUUUAGUCCUAAAGUGAUGGUGAUUAUGAAAACAUACUUACAGUUUUGUUGUGCCCCCAGGUUUUCUACUUUCAAAGAUCGCGUAUCGACCCGCGAAUGAUUUCAAAAUCAACAAAGUUCAAAUCUACAUCAAAAACUCGACCUACGAAUAGAAUAUUAAAUUUAAUAUCAGUAUUAUGUAAUAUCGAGUGUUAAGUUUAGAUAGUCGGCCAUCUUGUGUUGCUAUGGGCGCCAUUUUGAAUAUGUUUCGAGUGAAAAUGGGCGUUGUGAUCGCCAGAAUCUGCUUGCUGCUAAUGUUGGCUGUUUAUUCUUCUUAUGGCGGCGGCUGCAACUUCCCGGAAGGCUGGACGGGCGGCUGGUUCCAGUCCGGGAUCCCGGGGCUGAUCUACAUCAACUCCACCACCAUGCAGGGCAAGGGGGAGUGCGCAGAGACUGAUGCUAAUGACAAGUUCCUCGUUUAUGAUAGAAACGAGGACUGCUACAGAUGCCUGGUCAUACAUGAAAAGCACAAAUAUGUGUUACAAUAUAAAGAAACAUACUGCGGGCAGAGAGACUCGUUGUCCACAAUGUGCGAGUCGAUCACGGGCGACGCCGCGCUAUACUCCAUGUUCAGGAAGGAGCCCCGGCCUCUGCCGGAGCCCUGCCCCUUCCACCCGGCGCCUUUCACCUUUACAUACAGUCGUGGUUCAGGCGACUGCGCGAACCCGCCGUCUCGCGCGGAGUCGUGCACGGACGACUCGCGGCUUCUGCUGCGAUACAUGGCCUGUCCUGACGUGCCCGGCACUGAGAGCAAUGUUGAGGAGCUGAUCUGCCUAGCUACGUGGAAAGAGGGCUCUACGCGGUACCUUGUAGGACUCAUCUCGCAAGUGCAGAGACGGAACUCCAUCUCCACUGACGAAGAUAUGUACAGAUGUUUCGUAUACAAGGGCACGCACGCGGACAAGAGCGUGUCGUACAGCAUCGCGCAGUCGGGCGACGCCACCUGCAACGGGCUCACCUCGCCUACCGAGGGGUCCCGCACCAUGAAGCUUACUAACAUCGACGACGAGCACAACCGCUGUCACUUCCCGAGCUGGGUGGUGGAGCAUCACAAAUGGUUCAGCCUGGACCACACGCAUCAGUACCAUUUUACUACUAAAAACGCCACGCUCAAGAUAAUGAACGUGGACGGUUCGUUCGAAGAGAAGAGACUGGUCUGCCAUUCUAUACUAGAACAUAAGGAUAAGAAACUAGUCAAAUUAGUCGCGCAUCUCACGAGGGGAUGCGAGUCCGGGCACGUGUGCGCAGUAGUGUGGCGGCGCGCGGGCGGCGUGCUGGAGCUGCAGCUGGGCGGCAGUCUGCACGACGCGCCGCACCACGCCUGCGCAGACCAGAUAUAUGCGCCGCAUGUUACACUUAUCUCGACAUCGCAGUUCCCGUCUCGCUGCCCGAUGCCGGGGCGCUACACCGUGGUGGACUCGCUCGCCGACAGACGCCGCCGCAGGCAGCAGAUUACUAUCGACGAGAUGACGGGCGAGGAGGUAGCAGAACGGCCGGUGGAAUGUGUGAUGGGGCACUACGACAGCGCCAGCAUCGGCUGCGGUGCUGCCCAGGAUACUAUAGAGUUCCAGUCUGCUUGCACUAGCACUGCAUACACCUGCUACGGCAGCUGGCGCGAGGGCUCGCGCGGCAUGGUGGUGGCGGGGCCCGCGGGGGCGCAGGGGCCCGCGGGCUCCUCGGCCAGGCCCCACGCGCUCUGCUUCAUAUACACUACUUAUGUGCGGAAUGAUUCGUACGGCAUGCCGGUACAGUACCUGUCUGUGUCGGCGGUGUCCCGCUCGUGUGACCGCGCCGUGCUGCCGGGGCUGGCCGGGGAUAAGGCCUACAACCUCACUAUUAAUGGUACGUGCGAGCAGAGCAGCAAAUACAACAGCGUCGGCAGCCGCGCAUGUCCGGCGCUAGCACUGCUCGCGCUCGCAACACUAGCCGUUGUUCGCGUCAGGUGAUACGCGGGACGUUGAUGCAAGGUGGGGCGUAGUAUGAUCGGGGUGUAGUUAUAUUGGGGUUGGGUAAACUGUGUCAUUUUAUUUUUUGGGACUUUCUUUCCUCGCAAUUUUGGGUAAUACAUGAUACAUCAUGCAAAGAAUCACUACAGUUAUAAAAUGUAAAUCUGAUAUACUACUAACUUUCAAUAAAAAUUGACAUUAUGAGAGUGUUCAUUAUUAGGCUGGCUGUUCAUAUUAUUAUUAACUGGAUCGGAUAUACAGUUUUACAUUGUUGACUUGCCUGGACUUGACCUAUAAAACUGAAAUUAGAUUUGCACACCCAAACAUUUAUUACUAUGAAACAUACAUUAUUUAUAUAUAUUUGUCAUAUUUUGUGUCUUGGAACUAGAAAAUUAACCAUGUAAGAGUAUGGAACUAUGCAUAUUUAAUUUUCCUAUACAGUAUUGAAGGCACUUACCUCUAAUUUUAACAACAUUAUUACUAUCUAAAUAAGAUGAGAUGGCUUAUUUUCAGUCCGUAACUUCAUAAAAUUUAACUAUCUAGUGUAACUGCUACUCCGAUAAACUUAUAAAUAUUUCUUAAUAAUUUAUUUGUUUCAACCAAACCCUACCUUCGUAUGUAAAGCAAAUAGUGCAGCUUUUUAUUGUGAUAACGUGUAAAACAUUGACGGUAGAAUGGAGAUACCAACCUCUUUCGUCACCAUCGGCAGCUUUUAGUAGGAAUCAAAGGUAAUUGCAAUGGCAACACUUGAAUUGAACUGUCAAAGUGCUUAAAUGUUGCCAUGAAACGAGGAAUUAUUUUAUGGAGUUUAUUUUUUAGAAAAUUUUCGGUUGUUAUAGUUUUUUUGUAAAAAUUGUUUUCUUUUUAAUUUAAAUAGUAGGGCUCUAUGAAAUAAUUGAACGUGUGCUAUAGGUUAGGAGGGAACUAAACAAUGUUAAAAGAAACGAAGCAACGUGAUCGAUAAUGUAUAUAUAAAAAGGUAUAAAGUUGGAUAUCUGAAGAGAAAUAUGACGAUUUUUAAAUAACUGUUACUUAUGUAAUUUAUGAUACAUAAUCUGACGUGGAAAAUAGCCAUAGAAGUGUCACAAUAAUUUCAUUGAACGUAGAUUAACGUCAAAAUGACGUCGAAGAAUUAUUUUUCAAAAUAAUUGAAAAUAAAAAUGAUUUUAUUGCGACAGAGUUCUAUCCUAUUUUCGAACGCGAAGAUAUUUGAUACUUUUAUUUUUUAACAUACUUAGGUAGUAAUAUUAAUAAGGUUUACCCUAUAUUUGUGGAAGUUUCCUAUAUGCGGACGAUUUGUCGUUGCAAUAGUCGCACGAUUUUUAGUCUUAAUUUUUCAGAUAGAUGUUAUGCUGUCAUUAAUCUAGCUGCAGUCGUGAGCGCAUGCGACUAGUCGCUGCGAUUUUUUUAUGCGAAAAAAAGGCUUCGAGUGAUUUAAGCUAAACCGGCUACGAUUUUUAAAAAAAUUGCUCAAAAAAUUUUGACAAAUUCGUUGUAUGUAAGACCUUUUUCCGCAAAUAUAGUGUAAACAUAUUCUGUACAAUAUAUCGAUGAUAUAAUAAAUAUAGUAAAAAACGCUUUCAAAGUAUACAUUGUAUGCAGAUUAUACAUAACAUAAAUACAUUGUCCAAAAUCACUGCUGUAUGUUUGUCUGACAAUUUUAAUAGGUAUUUUUUUCAUAGUAACACUUUUGUUUGGAUACAAAAGUUUUUUUAGUAUCGAUAAGUGCCCGUCACUACUCUUAAAGUUGAAGCCAUUUUUUUAAUAUAACAUUUUGAAUGAUUUUAUACUCUAAUAUUAUUGACUAAAGUACAUAAUUUCAUAAUUUCUGUAUCUGGGUCGAUUUUUAUUUACCUUUUAUCUGAAGAAUAUAUUUGACGUUUUUGACAACUUUUGUAUAGAAAAUAUGUCAAACCGCCAUAUUUAUUUCUUAGAUAGAAGUGAACUGAUGAUUAUGAAAUUCUCCUUAUUUCUCCCACAAUAUCAUUAUUUUCAUUAAAAUUAAAUACAGCAGUGGUCUUGGCAAAAAAUAUUAUACAGAAUAUUAUAAAAUAAGACUAAUUUAGAUAGACCUAAAUGUAGAUAAAAAACUAUGCUCAGCCGAUUCUGAUUAGUUUACGAGAUACGUCCAUCUUUUUGUGUAACGCUCGGUUAACUUUGGUUUAACUUUAACGCAGCUAUAGUACGUAAUAAGAGCGGUUAGACUAGUCAUAAUUAACUGUAUUUUUGGUAAAGUUAGAAAAUAAUCACUGAAACAAGAAGUUUGACUUAAAUACCCAUAAAUUAUUUAUAAUAACCCAAAAAAGAAUUUUGGGUCAUGAAAUUCCAUUUUCAUUUUUUUUUUUAUUUUUUUCUUUUCUAACACUUAACCAGAUUUUUUCUGUGGGGUUUUUGACUAUUGCAAAAUAAAAAAUAGAGUUAAAAACAUACUUUUUAUUUAAAGUUUGACUUAAAUAAGUACAAUUUAUACUUAUGUUAUCACAAUUUAAAAUAAAAAUAUCCGAGACUAAAAGUACAUAAAGUAUUAUUUAAAGCAGCUAUUUUUCUAUUAAAAUAAUAUUAUUAUAUUACUUUUAAAAAAGGUCUGUGACUAGCUCUUAUUCCGUGCUUUUUUCUUGUAUUCAUAAUAUUUUUUUUAUACUUGACAAUGUUUUUAUUUGUUAUUUUUUGUAAUUAUUUACAGAAUAUCAGUAUAGGGGCUCAUCACUAUUUUAUCGAUAAAAUAGUAAAAAAAAAACUUAGUUUUACUACUUUUUCGACUGUAUUUUUUUAAUGAUCUAAUAUAUAGCUUUGGUAAUAUUUUCAAAAUCAUGAAAUCAAUAAGGUUUACGUUGAAUAUCAACAUUUCGAAAUCAAUGCCAUUUAUUUUAUGCUGAGUGCCAUAAUGACACAAAAGAAAAUGGUAUAUUUACUCGAUUUCUUAAAGAUUGCCCCUUUUAAAUAAUUUUGAUUUUUUUACUUCAUUUUGCUUUGAAUGCUAACAAUCAAUAAUGACCAAUGGUAGUUAUAUAAAUAUACAUUUGCUCAUACAUCAUAGUUGAUUUUUAUUUAGUAUGUGAUAAAAUUUAACUUAAGGAUUUGUAAACCUUGUGCACACGGGCGACACUCGCGCAAAAAUCGCAAAAAAUGUAGUCGCACGACUUUUUGUCGCAAGUUCUGUCCGUGUGCAAAGGGCCUAAAUAAUGUAAAUAUUAUCAAGUUCCUGUAUGCUUUUAGUUGAACUCAAAUUUAUAAUUUGUGAUAAAUAUUCUGAUUCAGAAUAUCAAUGCUUGCCUAAACUUUGUUUUUAUAACGAAAUAUAAUGUAGCCCAAAAGACUAUUGUACAUACUGUAGCUGGAUAAUUUAUGUCUGCACGCUGGCGAUUUGGUCGCGCGAUUAUUUUGUCUUAAAUUCAUAAAAUGUCCAUAGAACCAGUAAAAUAUAUCUAUGAUAUUCUUAGAAUUAUCAGAACCAGUGUUUUUGUGAUAAGUAAAAAGUAACUAAAGUUACUGAAAACAGAAUGCGAUUGAAAAAUCGUCGUGUCCAGUCGCCAGUCUGCAAACGACCUAAUUAUUAACGCAUUUUGAAAAGUACAGGACGGAAGUAUUAUUUUAUAUAAAUAACCGAAGAUAAUAAAUAGUUAAUAACUAUAUUGAAAAAUUAUAAAAACGAAAAAAUUUCAUACGAUCAUUUUUAUUGAAAAGAAAAAAAGUUUUUUUGUAAGAAUAAUUUAAUUAAAAAAACGUGUUUAAAUGCACUAAAAUGUUAAAAAAUUAAAAUUCACUUAGAUUCUAAGGGCUUUGUUUUAUUUUAUUUAUUGUAUUUAAAAUUAAGGCAAAAUUCUUCACGUUGUGAAUACUGCACAUCGUUGUUUAUGUAAAAAAAAUGUAAUACUCUAUUGGAAUGUAAUUUUGCAUGUAAAUAAUUACUUUUUUGGCUGAUGGGUUUUUGUGAUAUCAAAUUGGUUUCUUUUCGUGUAUAAAAUAAGCGUCUAUUGAAAUUUUGGUGGCAUGUCAUGUUCAUUUCGAUUUGGCCACAAGAUACGAUUUGUAACUAUUAACGUAUAAGCCUAUUAUUAUAUUUUGAUUACUGAAAUAUAUUUAAAAAAUAA